AUGGAACGCAUACUAACAGCCUUGAACCGUUGGUAUUGGGUGGAGACCAAUUGGAUGCCCAUCAACUGUUCAUGGGCAAACUUUGAAGAUCGUGAUGGACAUGUCUAUCCCAAAGCAUAUCAAGUACUUGCCACAAUUCCAUUUGCCUUUGGGAUGUUGGUUAUCAGGUUCUUUGUUGAAAGGUGUAUUGCUGUUCCUCUAGCAGAUGCCAUGGGCAUAAAGAGCAUGAGGCGUAUCAAGCCCCAGCCCAAUCCCACGCUGGAAGCUUUUUUCAAAGAGUGCACAAAAAAGCCAUCACAUACUGAAAUACGUGGAUUAGCCAAGAAGUGUAACUGGACAGUGCACUUUGUGGAAAAAUGGUUCAGGCGACGGAGGAAUAUAGAAAUCCCAACUUUACAUAAGAGAUUCCAAGAGGCUUGUUGGCGAAUGAUAUUCUACACUUCAUCAUUUGUUGCAGGAAUUAUAUUUCUCUAUGAUAAACCCUGGUUUCAUGACAUCUGGUACGUGUGGGUAGGCUAUCCAUUCCAACCGUUACUGCCUUCACAGUAUUGGUACUACAUGGCCCAGAUGAGUUUCUAUUUGUCGCUGCUGUUUACCCUUGGAGUCGACACCAAAAGGAAGGACUUUAAAGCCCAUGUGGUCCACCACUUAGCAGCGCUCUGCUUGAUGUUCACCUCUUGGAGUGCCAAUUAUGUCCGCCUAGGAACGCUGGUGAUAAUUGUCCACGACGCUGCAGAUUAUUGGCUGGAGGCUGCGAAGUUAUUCAACUAUGCCAAGUGGGAGAAGGCAUGCAACGUCUUCUUCGUCAUAUUCUCAAUUGCCUUCUUCAUCACACGACUUGUUCUCUUCCCCUUUUGGAUUCUACGGGCCACGUUAUAUUAUCCUACGCUUUAUACUGAUACACUUGUGGCAGCAUAUUUUGUGUUCAACGUGCAGCUGUUGGUCCUACAGGGACUUCACCUCUACUGGGGAUACUUUGUUUUCAACAUUCUGAAGAAAUUCAUUUUUGUGAAGAAUGUGAAAGAUGACCGGAGUGAUGAAGAAGAGGAUGAUUCCUUCAGUGACAUUGAAGACAAGUGCGUGAAAAAUGGGAGCAAGAACGGCUGUGGAUCGAGCAAGCCCCUCCUUAAGAGCAGUUAUUAGCGUGUAGCCAGCACCAUCUCCCUGUGGUGUCACUUGCUGUGCCCUUAACCCAGCCUACAGUAGAGAGCUUAGCGUCAACAUCUUAACUGGAGUCCAUGAUUGAUUUUAUUGCCGGUCACUAGAGCUGGAAGAGAGCCCAGUUUUUAGAAAGAGCAAAAAUAAUUUGCUUAACUCAACAAAAUGUGUUUAAUGGCCCACUUUCUAAUACGCUGUGUACGAGCGUAUGGCAAACAUGACCUUUUCAACUCUUUGAACGCUCGAGGAUCUCCAGACCGUCUUGAAACAUCAUCGUUUCAAACUGAGUUGCUCAGACAUUUAAAAUUUGUUAAGAGCUUCAAACGGAUUUGCCAAGUCUCUAAUAACGUGAUUCGAGAAGUGUGGAGUUAGUACGAAUUCUGUCGACGAGCCAAACGGUUUGAUGCGAGAGGAAAUCCAUGCUACUGGAAUGCCUGCCAUAAAACAUUAACCAACUUUGUUGGGCUUUGGGGCUUUUAUCAGGGGGCUUACUUCU